UCAAAAAUAAAUAAAUAAAAUGAAAUGCUGCCAAUGUUAGUCUUAAUAAAUCAUGAAUUAAAAGCAGGAUUCCAAAGUCAGAAAUGUUAAAAUGUGACAAAAUGAGCUUCUUAGUUGAAAUACAAUGAUACCUCUAAUCCUUAAAACAUAUUUCAAAGUAGGUAUAAUUGUAAUGUUUUACUUAAUUAAAAUGUUUUUGUAAGUAGUAAUGCUUAACGAUUAUUGAGCUGUUAUUUGUGCUGAGAACUGUUGUAAAUGCUUUGUAUAGAUUCUCAUGUAAGCAUCACACUGGGAGAUAGCUACUAUUCUCAUCUGUAUUUUACUAAUGAGGAAAUUGAGGCUCAUACGGGCUCGCCAGUACUGAAUGAGUGACAGAGCUUAAAGUAGGAAUCAAGCCCAAAUUGAACUGAAUCCAAAGGCUAAGCCCUUUCUAUUAAGCAACCUGCUCUUUCAUUAUUACGGUAGGUAAUAAGUGCUAAGAAAGAUUGAACUUUCUUCACAGAAAAGUAACUGUUAGUUUUUAAGGUAAAGGGAUAACAUACUAUUUGAUGUUUACAAUUAAAUGCAUCAUUGUUUGGUUUGGGAUAGUGCACUACAAUUGCCUAAAAUGUCCUCUCACUCUAAUAGGACUGCUCUACAUUGGGCGUGUGCCCAUGGCCAUUCAGGAGUGGUAACUCAUUUGGUGGCUAGAAAAUGCCAGCUUAACCUCACUGACAGUGAAAACAGGACAGCUCUGAUCAAGGCUGUACAAUGUCAGAAAGAGGUUUGUGCAUCUAUCCUCCUGGAACAUGGCGCCGAUCCAAAUAUUACAGACAUAUAUGGCAACACUGCCCUGCACUAUGCCAUUGACAAUGAGAAUAUAUCAAUGGCGGGAAAACUGCUUGCAUAUGGUGCAGAUAUUGAAGCAAGAAGCCAGGGUGAACUUACAUCACUUUUACUUGCCAUAAAUAGGAAAAAAGAGCAAAUGGUGGCAUUUUUGUUGAAGAAAAAACCAGAUUUAACUGCUGUAGAUAAUUUUGAAAGAACAGCCCUCAUACUUGCUGCUCGUAGUGGAUCAACAAGUAUAGUCCACCAGCUUCUUCAGCAAAAUAUUGAUGUUGUUUUCCAAGAUAUAUCUGGAUGGACAGCAGAAGACUAUGCUGUUGCUUAUAACUUUCGAGACAUUCGCAGACUAAUUUCUGAAUAUCAAGCAAACAAGAAACGUAAAAGUCUUCAAAAUAGCAAUCCAGAAGGAACAGCUAAGAAGAUCGCACAUUUCCCAAAAGGAAAAGCAAGUGCAAAAGUGCAUGCUGCUACCAUUGAAGACUGCAUGAACAGGCUUUCCUGCAGACUGGAUACCUUUUUAGGGCAUACUUCACAGGAUGGUGACUUCAAUUUUAAAUUCAAGGUAAAGUGGUCUCGUGAAAUUAAUAUUCUCACUCUGAAUCUACUUUUAUAUAGUAUUUACUCUUAAAAUUUAGCAAUGGUCUACCUUUGUUUAUCCACAGGAAUAGAAAUUUAGUUAAGAAAACCAUUUUAUAGAUAUAUAACUAGGUAAAUUUAUUUUUUUAACUUUGGUAAAUAGCAGAUAACUGAUAAAUACUUUGAGGGAAUGAGAACUGAAAAAGAGAAUGGGCUGGAAAAUACAUAAUGGCAGGAAAAUUAUACUACAAGAAGCUUCCCCACGAAAGAGGAAAUGUGAAAUUUGGUCAAAGCUCAUUGGAAUAAAUUUCUUUACUGUGAAUUUUAAACCAUACUAACUGACUUUUAUAAUACUUAUCUGUUAAAUGAACCUUUAAUGGGUCUAGUUACUUGUAGUAAUCAUGGAGCCUCCCUGUUAACCAUAGCAUAUAGUUGCUUUUUUCUUCUUGACCAUUUAUUAUUUUGGUAUUAUACAGUUUUUGGCAGAGAGUUUUAAAAAAUUUUUAUCCUUGGUUCUGUAAUUAGACUAAAACAAUAUUGGCAAUAGCGGGAAUUUAAUUAUGCAUGAUGUCAUGUGCCUGCAAUACCAGAUGUUCAAGAGGCUGAGGCAGGAGAAUUACUUGAACCCCAGAGUUUGAGACCUGGGCAACAUAAUAAGACUCCAUCUCUAACUUUUUAAAAAAUUAUGGAAGACUAGAAAUUAAAAUUCUUCCUCAAAAUCUGUAUGGCAAAGAGAUUCCACUGUAUUUUCUAAGUCACUAAGGGCAUAUUUUAAAGUCUUAAUCUAAUUGAAGAAUACAUGUUUUGUUCAAAAUAAUAACAUACAGAAGUAAGCAGAGAAUUUUAGUAUUGAUACAGUAAGACUUUAAUUUCAGAAGGCUUUUGGAAGUGCAAUUUUCAGAAAUACCUACUCAGAGUUCUUGUAUCUCAUUCUAAAAUUUCAAAUCUGAGGCUUUUCUAUCCAGUUAUUUAAAUAAAAAAUUUUAAGCUACUAUAUUACUAUG